AUUGACUCAAGAACUAUAUGUAUUCAAAGAAAGUGAAAAUAAAUUGAACCUACAAAUAAACUCUUAUUUAAAUGCAUACUCUAAGUAAAAAACAAUUACAAAAAAAAACACACAUAAAAAAUAACCAAGAAUAUCAUAAAUUGAUUAUAGCUCAGGGGCGCACUGACCAUUUGGAAACUCGGGCACUGCCCGAGGGCCCGGGGUCAGUAGGGGGCCCCAUGAGAUGCCCCUGGUACCUUUUUCAUAGGCUUUUUUGAGUUUGGGCAAGGACACAGGGGCCCCAUGAUUCCCUGUUGCCCGGGGGCCCCAU